AUGGAUAUUUUUGAUGGUCGAUAUUAUAAAACAAGUAAGUGGUUUUUGGAAUUUUUGGGAUUAUGGCCAUUCCAAAGCAAUCGAAGAAGAUACGUGACGUGCUUUAUAUUCGUUUUUAUGACCGCCACCGUAGUAUUUCCACAGGUUCUUCUAUUGAUUGAACUAAAAACCAGCAAUUUCAAUAUUUUGAUUGAAAAUUCGCUAUCAAUCAUAUUUGGAUUUGCCUGUCUUUUAAAAUACGGCGUUACUUUUGCAAGUCGUUCACGGCUUCAAACACUGCUUACGCAAAUAGCGUCGGAUUGGCAAAGGCUGACAGAUAAAGCAGAGAUCGACAUUUUAUCGCAAUACGGCGAAGAGGGAAGAUAUUUAGUAUUAUUUUACACAGUAUAUGUUUUUUUGGCGUGGGUAACAUGCAACUUUGUACCAUUUAUACCACCUUUAUUGGACAUACUUCUUCCAUUGGAAAAUGGUACACAUGAUUUAGUUUAUCCUUUCUACGCUGAUUACGUUUUUUUUAAGCAAACUGAUUACCACUACGAAUCAUGUUUGCAUGUCUUUUUCGUAUAUUUCGGUACUACGAGUCUAUUUGCUGGUAUGGAUACAAUUUACGUUGCUACUGUGAAACAUAGUUGUGGAUUAUUCGCUAUUACGUGGUUAGAAACAAUGGCAAGGACAGGUAAAAGUAAUAGAUCAAACUAUAGCAUCAAACCAAAUUCAGUGGUUCAUCAUGAUAUGGUUGAAGCUAUCGUUAUGCACAACGAAACUAUAAGAUUCGUCGAACUGUUAGAAGAUUCGUUUAGUUUAUGUUUUCUAAUGGUGCAGUGUAUGAUAGUCGCUGGAUUAGCUACCCUUUGCUUUUAUAUGAUGCGUAUUUACGAUAAAACUUUUAACAUGUGUCAGUUUUCAACGUUUACAGUAGGCCUAGUUAUUCAUUUGUUGUAUCUUCACUGGGUUGGACAAAAAAUAAUAGAUAGCAGUGAUAAAGUAUUCUACUCCACGUAUUACAGUGAUUGGUAUUUAAUAUCGAGGAAUGAAAGACAGUUGACAAAGAUAAUACUGGCUAGAUCACUGUAUCCGUGCCAACUAACUGCUGGCAAAAUAUCAGUAUUAUCCAUGGAAACAUUCGGAGCACUUAUGAAGACAUCGAUGUCAUAUUGUACAGUUUUGCUAUCUGUAUCCUAA